AUGGAGGGAAAAGGAAACAACAAUGGUGAGGUGCGAUAUAGAGGUAUUCGUAGGAGACCAUGGGGUAAAUUUGCAGCUGAAAUCCGUGAUCCAACUAGAAAGGGUUCUCGUAUUUGGCUUGGAACAUUUGAUUCUGCUGAGCAAGCUGCACGUGCUUAUGAUGCUGCUGCUUUUCAUUUUCGUGGUCACAAAGCCAUUCUCAACUUCCCAAAUGAAUAUGCACAUUCUAAUUCUACUAGUUAUUAUAUUCCAAACACUACUUCAACUUCAAAUACUACAUUGCCUAACUCUUCUUGUUCUUCUUAUCAAGAACACCAUGAUGAUGAUACUUUUGAUCAAUUGGAUUGCUUGGACUACAAGUUGUUGGAAGAAUUCCUUCAGGGGCAAGAUGAUGCUGCAGCUGGUUGCUCUAGACGUGAAUAGUAAGAAUCUUAAAGCUAUAGCUAGUAAGCUAUAAUUAC